AACUACAUGAAGUUGCACAGACACAUGAAGAACAAAUUUCUUCUGCCCAUGUGCCUAUGGUUGAGCACUUUGCACUAGUCCUUGGCAGAAAACCAAACCAUUCACGUGGUGUUGGUAUUCGUGCUGUCAACCGAGUGGGUGAAGAAAUGAUCAAAUUACGUGAGCAAAUCGAGGCUUUGGACCAGCGUGCAGCUGCUGCUCAAGAGCGUGCCGAGGUUGCUGAGCAACGUGCUCAGGCUGCUGAACAAUGUGCACAGGUCAUGGAAGCCCAAGUCUGCGCAAUGGUUCAAUCAAAUGCACAAUUACAAGAAGAGCAGCAGUCCCAGCGUGAUGAGCUGAAUUCUUUGCGAGAUACCCAAAGUGGAGAGGUUGCACGUCUAGUAAGGCAGCAACUUGAUCAACAAAUGGCUGAUUUUCUUACACGCAUAAAUUCAUUUUUGCAGCCUUCAUCGAAUGGACAAAUCAGCUAA